AUGUCGGGGAACACCUUCUUUCAGCCCUAUGUCGAUCUGUUGAACAGAAUACUAGCAGUCGCGAUCGAGAAGCCGUUACUCUUCAUGAUUCAAGCCUUUGUUACUAUCUGCUUGAUCACACGGAGAUGGACUGCUUUCCAAAAGAGCUACCGUCAACCAGACCCCAGUCUUAAUACUCAGGCUAUUCCACGUGUGCCUUACUGGAUCCCUUUUGUUGCCAACACAUUGAGCUUUUCCUCUCGAUCACAAUCAUGGCUUCUGAGUCAGGCCAAGGCUCAAAGGGCAGGCGUAUUUGCGUUGAGGAUCUAUGGUCGCGAUCACGUUAUCGUUGCAUCGCCAAUGCUCUGUGCAGCUCUGUCAGAUUCUGACAGUCUCAGCAGCGAGCUAUCAUCUGGCUUACGAAGCAGAAGGUUCUUCGACAAUCCACAUACGGACCAAGCCAUGCAAAUUCGCAACCGCGAAGCUGUCGCCUCUUUCAAGCUUGAUAGAUCGCGAGUCAGAAAGUUACUGAAGCUCCUGGAAGCGAAUACCUACAAUUUAAUCUCAUCAUCUAGGUCCUGGGUCGAUCAAGCACAGUGGGAACGGACUGCUGAGGUCAAUGUCAUAACCGAGGACCCUGAACUAUCUGUCUCUGCCAACAUCAACAUCCUCAUCCGUGACUUUGUCUCGCACAUGUUCUUCUCUGUGCUACUCGGUAGCUCCUUCGUCGAAGCCAAUCCGGAUCUCUUACCUGAUUUCUUCUAUUUCAGCUCAAAAUACAGCACGUUCAUGACAGGGUUACCGUACUGGAUCGGUCCUGGUCUCGGACCUCCUGCUCGAGCUCGAGAGAAAUGCCUCCUUACACUCGAUGGCCUUGUACAUGCUAUCAUCGCGGACACGGAGCGAACAGGUGGAAGUGCACUAGGUGUUGGGAUGCUGUAUGACGUUCAAGACGUCCAUCCUGCUGUUGUGAAACUUGUCAAGAGUGCCAGACAACACAACCGCCGUGCUAAAAAUGUGCGAUCGAUUUCAUGCGAAGUGCUUCAGAUGUUAUUCUACACCACUUUCCACGAUGUGAACUUGGUUGUAUGGAUGAUUAUCUACCUAUUCAUGAAGGGCGAAGAAUAUGCAACAACAUUGACAGCGGUGAAGGAAGAAAUAACAGCAAUAGUCCGUGUUGAGAAACCACCGCCGAGCGGACUCCCUUUUCAAGAACCACCAAGGCUGAAAUUCAAGACCGAGAUUGUUCAUUUGCUUGCGGAAAAGUGUCCCAUGUUGACGGCAACACUAUCUGAAGUGCAGCGUCUCGAGGCCGAGUACGAAGACUACUUCGUUGUGGAGAAAGACUUUGUGCUAAAAGCAACCACGGACGAUAAGCAGGACAGCACAGCAGGAGAAUCAAAGAAGAGAGGUGGGAAGUUCGAGCUCUGGCAAGGUGAUCGCGUUCACGCAGCAUACGGAGCUACAAAUAAAGACCCACAAUAUUGGGAUCGACCUAGGAGGUUCGUCCCGAGCAGGUUCAUGUCAAAAUCCGAGGCGGAAACUGACACGAGUAUUGCGGUUUGGAAGAGCCUACCCAGUCGCGGGGGACCUGGGGAAGUGGGUGGUGAGCUUGUAUUGAUCACUGCUGCGCUCUUGUUAUUCUUUGAGUUCACUUCGAUGAAUGGAAGUGGACUAAGUCAUCCAGGCUCCACGAUAGUGGCAGGAAUGGCAACGCCGGUAAGGACUGUGACAGGCAAAAUUCAGAGGAGACAGUUUUGA